GCCCUACAAAAUGAGAGACCGAAUAAGAACUGCCACGUUGGCACGAUUAAGACCGUUGGAUGUAAGGAAAUCAACGGCCAGCUGGCAUGGUGUUAGGGUUUUUGCCCCGCGCAGGAGGAUGUGGAACACUCGAUCGAUCGAUGCUGUGCUGCUGCUCGUAGCAUUCUCCUUCUCUCUGUCUCGCGCAUUCGUGCCGCCGGGAUCCAAAUGCUACGCUCUCGACGGGAAUUACCGCCUCCACGAUUUUACGCAAUGGAUUGGGCAUCAGUUCGAGCACUCCAGCAACGAUGGAGAUUUUGUACUGCGAUUUUGUAAAGACGUUCAGCUGAGAUCAAACAAGGGAUAUGUAAACUAUGGUCGUUUUGUUCCUCUUCUCUCGACCAGCGAGAAUGGAAAUUUUGUGCAACACUACAACCAAGGUGAUUUGCAAGGCUGUGAAAACAAUGGUUUCGACUUGAGUGGCCGGAACUCCGAGGUGUCAGUCAGUUGUGGACGCUGCGAUGGCACGUCGUGUACAGACUCCUUUGGAUGCAUUUGCAAUGUGACUUCAACUCAAUCAAGUUGCAGCUCAAAAAUCGUUGCGGCUGUCAAAUGCAGCGAAGGGGGUCCUCGCGUGAUCAAAGGCUUCACAGUGGGAUUCAGUCCGCGUGGGAGAGAAAUAGUUGAAAAUGGCAUCACACAGUGGGGCUAUGACAAGUUUCACUCGGAUUACAGUUUUUCCACAGAACAGAGAGCUGUGUCCCUAUAUUUUACAGCACCUACAGCACUGUCCAGAUUCGUUAAGAAACCGUCUUUCACGGUGAAACCAAGCAAAGGACUAACAGUACAAUUGGCUGGUUCUGCUGCAGAGGGCGAAUCGCCAACAACAGAAUCUCCUACUGUUUUAAGCGUGGACUGGCAGUGUGAUAAGCCCACCGGAGGUCCUUACGUCGUCACUGUGAGUGUCCCGGCAGAUGGUUUCAAUCCGGUCGUGUUCAACUUGGGAAAAGAGUGUGAACACAAGCAAAAAUCCCAGGAUGGCGGCUCAAGCGGCUGGGCGACUUUCGGAGUAAUCUGUCUUGUCGUCAUACUCGUGUUGGGCUGCUGCUGUUGCGGUGGCUUCUGCUACAACACUCGAGUUGAGCACAAGCAUGGCUUCGACGCACUUCCCGGAGUGACAACUCUUGCUCGCUACCUUGACUCCGCGUCCGGUCAAGCUCGCUCUGAUGGCUAUCGCCCAGCCGAGGACGCGUCGAGCACAGCACCCUCGAGACCCACGAGAACUUCUGAUAGUAGCAAAUAUGGGACCGUGUAAGUUCGCUAUGCAAUCUUCCUCCAGGGUCUAAUGGAGUACGAGAA